GCUCUUUACUGCUGAAUUGCAAUCAUAUAUGGUUACAAGCGCGGAAUGUAGACUUCAUAAUAUUUCAGUAUUAGGAAAAUUAAAAAUUGGAGAUUUGAUAGAAUUCCCCAGGAAUUUUUAUAAACACUGGGCUGUCUACGUAGGUGAUGGGUACGUAGUUCACCGCAGUGGGAAUGACAGGGAUGGGAUCCACUGGAACCCUAGUCACAUUUCUUCAAUUACCGGAAAAGCCAUCGUAAAAAUGGAACAUUUCUUUACAGUGUGCAAGAGUUCUAAGGCUACCAUCAACAAUAAAAAAGACAGGAAAUUCAGUCCACGCCAAACACAAGAAAUAAAAACUGCAGCACUUAUGAACAUCGGCAAGGAAGGAUAUAAUUUGCUUACCCAAAAUUGCGAGCAUUUCGCGUCGUAUUGUAGAUACGGUGUGGAAUGUUCUGACCAGGUCAGCAAAUUUCUAAUUAUCGCCGGCAUUGUAGUGUUAUUCCUUAUCCUGGGACUACUCCUCAUCUGGUUUAUUGUUAGAAAAAGAAAGAAGGGACAGAAGAAGACUAAAUAGACAUUGACAUUUAUUUCUCUUUUUUAAAGCUUAUUUCAUUUAGGUUAUGUCACUAUAAACCCCUAGCAUAGGUAUCGGUGACAGCAGUGGUUUCCCUAUUAAUCUUUCAAAAUCAGGUUCAUUCUAAAAGGCAGACUGACAGACUGACAGAGAAUGAAACAGAAUGACAGACUGAUAGAAUGAUAGAGUACGACAAAUGAUGACACAGAAUGACGGAAUGUAUGACACAGAAUGACAGAAUGACACAGCAUGUCAGACAGAA